GUCAACAAAGACACAUAUAACUCAGCAAAUUUGACCCAAGAAUCUCUCCCAUCUCCUCUCCUCUCCUCUCCUCUCCCUUCACUUCCUCCUUAUCUGUCGAUCUCCAACACCAGCACCCUUAUCACCUUCUCUGCUUUCUCUCCCACGCUCCUCCAGGCCAUGGAAACAGAGAGGCCAUACAAUUCACCAGCCACGCCGGAAUCAACACCUACAUCACCUCCUCCUCCUCCUUCCUUAAACUCCUCCCCAUCCCAUGAAUUCUCCUUUACCAUCUCUCUCCACCCUCCCACCUCUCUCUCAUCCAACUCUACCCCUCCUUUCAAGCUCACCAAACCCACCACUCCUAUCCCGCAACUCGACCUCUCCCCCGCCGACGAUAUCUUCUUUCACGGCCACCUCCUUCCCCUCCAACUCCUCUCCCACCGCCCCUCCAACGCCUCCAUCGAAACAGAGCACAGACUAAGCAAAACACCAGAGAACAAACCACAGAGCGCAAAAAGUCUCUUUGAAGGCGGCGCCUUCCCUUCCUCCAACGAAGAAGAACCAAAAGAACGCAGAAAGACAAAACCUUUCUCCCCCUUCUUCGCCCUCCGAAAAUGGCUAAGAGGAAACGAGGACAGAGAAGCAGAAAAACAGAGAAAAAAGAAGAAGAUGAAGUUGUUCGGCAGAUUAUGGAAGAAAUAUACGAGCUUGAUGGAACCGCUUCUCUUCUUCAAGGUGAUUAAGGAGAAGCGAGAAUUGCGACGGAGUUCGUACUCCUUCUCGGGCAACUGCAAUCCGCGGGACGGCGGUUGGCGGCGGCGUUGGAGAGGGGAUUUCUCUGCUCCGGCGUCGAUGCGCACAUCACCGGCGAACAGCGGGCUUCUUGUAGCGCCGACGAGUACGCUUUCUUCUUCCGAUGAGAGCACUAUGGAGGAGUUGCAGAAUGCCAUUCAAGCUGCUAUCGCGCACUGUAAGAGCUCUGCGGCUGUGAAGGAGGAUAAGUGUAUGCAUUAACUUUUAAGUGCAUUAAACCAUGCGUUAAGCACUUUAAACAUUAAUCAAUGUUUAAGAAAGAUUAAGUUUUUUCAAUAAUUAAUUGUAUAUUAAUCGCUUAAUAUUUUUUUCUUUUUUAAAUGGCAUAGAGCUUUGA